AUGGGGAAGAGCCGGGCGCGGCGGUUCCGUAGGGCCCCCUUCUCCCCCGCUGGCCCCGAGCAGUGCCGCGAUGAGUGGGAGGGUGGACCCGAGGAAGAGCCGGCCGCGGAGCUGCUGGAGAAGCUGCAACAUCCAAGUGCUGAAUUGAGGGAGUACGCCUGUGCCAGCAUUUCCAAGCUCUUGCAGCAGAAACACGUAAUUCCAGCCUUUCUGCAGAGAGAUGUUGUCCGGUGUUUAGGACCGUUGUUGAUGGAUCACAGUUUAGCUGUUCGUGAGACAGCUGCAGGUGCUCUCCGAAAUCUGAGUGCUUGUGGAGGAUUUGAAGUCUGUGAUGACAUGGUAACAAAAGAUAUAAUGACGCCCCUUGUCGCACUUCUGAAAGAGUGUAGCACUGGACUAGAUGCUAACCAGGCCUCUCCAAAGAAGUGCAGAGAGGUGAACAAAAGUUACAUUGAAGACAUAGCCAAUGAGGCUAUUAAUUUGCUGUGGAAUGUAUGUGAGUGCAACAAUACUGCAGUACACAUAUUCAAUAAAGAAGGAUGUUUGGAGGCUGUGUUACAUUGCAUGAAGAAAUUUUCCACAAAUGUGGAUCUGGCAAUCUCAGUAGCAAACUGCUUGCAAGCUGUGACAGAAGAUAAUCCAGAUCUUCUUCCUUCAUUUAAUGCUUUUGCACAACAAAUACUGGAAACCAUGAUGUUGUGCCCAGAGAGCACAAUGAAACAUAUCCUUCUGAGAACACUGAUAGCAGGCACUGUCUGGAAUAUCAAGGAUACCAUUCCACCAGGCAGCUUGGGAAGCAUGGUUAAUACAAUCCUGAAGAUUUUUUCAGAAUCAUUAGCAAUAGACGCUGGUGAAAUGAUUAUUCGUAUGAAUGAAGCUGAAAGAAACAGGUUAAAACUUGCUGCAGAGGCAGAAACAGAGGAAAACAUGAGUGAUGUUAUAGACAACUGUGUGAGUGAAGAUGAUGUCAUGGAAGAAAUACCAAAGGAAAAAGUCAGAAGAGAAAAUGACAUUUCAGAUCUACUUCCUUUUGAUAAAUGGGAACUCAAAGAAGUGACAGCAUUACUGACAGCUCAGCAGACUGCUCUGGAAAUCAUUGUUAAUAUGUGCUGCAGUGAAGAUCCUUCUGAUGAUGAAUGGGAAGAACUCUCCAGCAGUGAUGAAAGUGACUUGUUUAUGGAAAACUCAUACAAUGAGGGAGGUGGGCUGGUAAUGUCACCCCUAUGCCUCUCUGAGGAGGUUAACUCCGCAUUUCUGAACAACCUAAUUCCAAAGAAGAUACUUGAAAAAACUGCUUUUCCGAACACUGUUGCUCUAGACAUCUGUAUGCACAAUGCGUCUUGGAAACCGUUAAUCAAAAAACUGAAUGCAGUGCAGUGUAGAGCUUUAACAUGUCUUCAUAGCAUUUUGUUAGUGUCAGAUAUGGAUUGUCUUGGAGGAGCUUCAGCACUUCAGUCUCUUGCACAACAUCUCUCGCAGCUAGUCUUUUCUAAUAUGGAACUCCCUACAAACACAGAAUUCCUGGAAGCUAUAACCAGUGCUUUGAGGGCUCUCCUACAAACAAUGGCAUCAAAGAACAUCUCCCAGUGUAUGACUCCUGAGCAGCUAUUUGCUUUAUGUGAAGCUGGUAUUCACAGCAGCAAUACCACUGUUAGAGUGAAUGUAGUGAGCAUCCUUGGAAUUUCUGGCAGCAUCCUGGCGAAAGGGCAAGACACAGCUGAAACACUAAAGAUGAUUGGAAAAUUUCUUCUUGAGGUUGCUAUGAAGGAAUCUUCUCUCGUGGUAGCAGGGGAAGCCUUGGAUGCACUUUUUGAUGUAUUUGCAGAUGGUAAAGAAGCAGAAAAGGCAGCAGUACAGAUCAAGCUGCUUCCAGCACUGAAAGAAUUUCAGCCAGUGUUCAAAAUGAGGAUACGAAAAGAAGGCAAAGGACAAUAUAGUACAGAUCAACUUUGUGUUCUUGACAAUGUGAAGAUGAAUUUAAGAAGAUUCAUUGCGUAUCAGGAGACACUAGGGAAAACCCCAACUUGAAACAUCGAGGAACUCCAAAUUUUUCCUUAUCGAGUAAUGUUUUCC